AUGGUGCAUCGUUCCAAUAAUAAUGUGGAAGAAAUUCCUGCAAUUCCUGCACUUACCGAUCCAUCCCAAAAUCCUUACUAUGUUCAUCCUAAUGAAAGUGCCACUGGUGCACUUGUUUCUCCUCUUCUUGAUGGCAAGAACUAUCGUUCAUGGUCAAGAUCCAUGAUGGAAGCUGUGAUAAUGAAGAAUAAGCUGCGUUUUAUGGAUGGUUCUUGUCCUAAGCCAGAUCAAUUUGAUCCCACCCAUGAGCCAUGGAUUUGUUGCAACAAUUUGGUCUUAUAUUGGUUGAUGAAUUCCGUUAUCCCUACUAUCUCUCAAAGCCUCGUGUAUACUGACACUGCGUCUCAAGCAUGGGAUGAUCUGAAGGCACGAUUCGCGUGCACCAAUCGGGUACGAGUUUCUUCUUUACAAAGGGAAAUGUAUGCUCUUCGUCAAGAUACUUGUUUUGUCACUGAAUUCUUUACCAAAUUUAAGGGUUUAUGGGAGGAAUUAGAAUUGUAUCGCCCUGUCCCUGAUUGUACUUGCACUUUUCGUUGUAUGUGUGAUGCCAUGCGAAAUGCCAAGAAGUUUAAAGAAGAAGACUUGGUUCUCUUAUUUCUCACUGGCUUGAAUGAUCACUAUUGUAUGCUGCUAAGAGGAUUUUUUAGGUAUCUCAAAGGCACAUUGGAUUAUGGCCUGUUAUUUCAUAAUGGUACAAAUGGAGAAGGGUGUACCUUAGUAGGAUAUUCUGAUAGUGAUUGGUGUGAUGGCAUAACCGAUAGAAGGAGCAUAUCUGGUUAUGUGUUCAAAUUCAACAAUGCUGCAAUAUCAUGGAGACAAAAAAUGAAGAUGUUAUCAUCUUUAAAAUUUAUUCUUACAAUCUUGUCUAUUGUUGUUUUGCUUUCCAAUUUGUCUCAAGCUCAAGAUACACAUCUUAAAAAGAAAUCAUCACUUCGAGGUGACUUGUUAGCCGGUUCUAGGCCUCCUGCUCCAAUACAGAUAGGAGAAGAAUAUCAUAUUUCGUUCAAGAGGUCUCAAAAUUCUUCAAGUUUUCCGAAACGAGCAUCAUUUCCAUCUGAUUUUCUUUUUGGUGUUGGAUCUUCUGCCUUACAGAUUGAAGGAGAUUCUCUAGAAGGAGGAGGUGGAAAGGGAGUAUGGGAAGAUAUAGUUGAACGACACAAAGAAAGGUUUCUGGAUGCUGAUAAAGUUUACACAAUGAUUGAACAUUACAAAAGAUACAAGGAGGAUGUGAAACAUUUGAAAUAUCUUGGAGUGAAUUCUUACAGAAUGUCCAUUUCAUGGAGUAGAAUUUUGCCCGAUGGAACCUUGAAAGGAGGUAUAAACAAAGAAGGUAUCAACUUUUACAACAAUUUGAUCAAUGAGUUACUUGCAAAUGGUAUUGAGCCUUUUGUAACUAUUGUGCAUUUUGACUAUCCAGUAGCCAUUCAACAAAAGAUUGGUGGCUUCUUAAAUCACACUAUUGUGAAAUAUUACAAAGAUUAUUGUAAUCUACUAUUCAAAACAUAUGGAGAUAGAGUAAAGCAUUGGACAACAACAAAUGAACCACAAGUCGUGGCUAUCUACAAAUACAUGCAUGGCUAUGAUAAUGAUGCUGCUGAACCAUGCCAAGAUACAAGAAUAUGUUCACAAGCAUAUACGGUCCUUCAUAACUUCCUCAUUUGCCAUGCUACAGCAACACAUUUAUAUAGACAAAAAUUUCAAGAAACACAAAGAGGAGAUAUUGGAAUUGUUAUAUCAUAUCAAGGUUUUGUUCCCUAUAGUUCAAAACCAGAGGAUGUGGCUGCUGCUCAAAGACUAAUGAAUUUCUGGUUGGGAUGGAUUUUAGAGCCAUUGUUUUAUGGAGAUUACCCACAAAUUAUGAGAAAAUUAGUGGGGAAUAGGUUGCCCAAAUUCACUAAAAAGGAGAAACAUAUGAUCAAAGGAAGUGCAGAUUUUAUAGGAAUAAAUUAUUAUACAUCUCAAUUUGCUAGAUAUGAACCAAAUAGAACAAAGAUUAAUGGUCUUGACAAUUUUGAUGCCUUUGCUACUACAUCAGAAGAAUUUAAUAUUGAAGGAAAACCCCUUGGUCACAAGGAUCAAUACAGUGGACGUUAUGUCUAUCCCAAAGGAUUGUAUGAUGUUUUAAUAUUUAUAAAGGAAAAGUACCAAAAUCCUAUCAUCUACAUCACUGAAAAUGGUACUCCUUCUUCUAACAAUCUAAAUCCAUUGAAAGACGAACAUCGAAUUUCUUAUAUUACAGAACAUAUAAACGCUACUAAAGCAGCAAUCAACAAUGGUGUAAAAGUUCGUGGUUACUUCGUCUGGACAGCAUUCGAUACCUUUGAAUUUGAAGCGGGCUAUUCUGGAUAUUGGGGACUUUAUCAUGUUGAUUUUAAUAAUAGUCUGAAGCGUAUACCAAAGGCUUCUGCUGAAUGGUAUAGAAAUUUUUUGAAAUCGAAUGGUGGACACUAAAACAUUAUUGAGCUUGGUUUUAACCAAAGAUGUCA